ACAAUGUUUCUUAUUUUCCAGAAAGUUCGUUAAUUAUAGAAUAUUUCUGGAACGUACUAGAUUACUCAUCCACUUCUUUUAAAUACCCGGCGAAUCCCUCUUGCAAUUACCAGUAAACCAUCGAAUCGGAAUUAACUGAAUGAAAACAACUGAAAAGCGCUACUGAUUUUCAGAAUUCUCAAUUCACAUCAAACACAACACAGCAGAACAAUGUCGCUGAUUCCAAGUUUCUUUGGUGGCCGAGGCCGAAGGAGCAACGUUUUCGAUCCAUUCUCCCUUGACGUGUGGGACCCAUUCAAGGAUUUUCCUUUCACCAAUUCUUCACUUUCUGCUUCUUCAUUCCCUCAGGAGAAUUCUGCUUUUGUGAGCACCAGGAUUGAUUGGAAGGAGACCCCAGAAGCUCAUGUGUUCAAGGCUGAUCUUCCUGGACUGAAGAAGGAGGAAGUGAAGGUUGAAAUUGAAGAUGAUAGGGUUCUUCAGAUAAGCGGUGAGAGGAACUUUGAAAAAGAAGAUAAGAAUGAUCAAUGGCAUCGUGUGGAGCGUAGCAGUGGAAAAUUCAUGAGGAGGUUUAGAUUACCAGAGAAUGCGAAAAUGGAUCAAGUGAAAGCUGCAAUGGAGAAUGGUGUUCUCACUGUUACUGUUCCAAAAGAAGAAGUUAAGAAACCUGAUGUUAAGUCCAUCGAAAUCUCUGGUUGAACACAUAUUCAAGCUCUAUUACUCUGUUUUUGGGUUGAGAAUAGUGUGAAGUGUGUGUGUGUGUGUUCUGUUUCAUUGUAAUGCGUAUCUGUUUUAUGUAAAAGUAAAUUCAGUAAUGUGAAUUAUAUUUUGUAAGGAAUAAAUUAUGUAAGAAUGGUUUAAUUAUCAUAUAUUGUCUCA